CUGUAAAUGAGGAGAAACUGUCUCGUGGGACCGCGCGUCAAGUCUAUACGUUUAGUCGGUUUUUAACGGAUUUUGAAGGCUUCUUUCUUUGCCCCACAAAACUGACUAACGUCUGCAGAAUAAAGGGGGUCUGAUGUGUAGCAGACACCAUGCACCAACUGUUUGCCCUGGUGCUGGGCAAGAGGGACCUGUCCCGGGCUGGAGACCUCUUCUCCCUGGAGGACUCUGAGAUAGAGGACUGUCUCUCACAGGCCCUGGAGGAAAUCAAGGCUAUCUCCUGCUCUCCUGACUACCUGACCAAUGACAAUGACCAGGCUGUGGUGGAGAUCUGCAUCACGCGUAUCACCACGGCGAUCAGGGAGACACGGUCCAUCGAGCGCCAUGGUGGGGCACUAGUGGGUCUGUGGGAGUCCUGUCUGGAACACAACCUCACCCCCCAGGGUAAAGACGAAGACACACCCCAUGCCAAGAUAGCCUCCGACAUCACCAGCUGUAUUCUGCAGAACUACAGUCGUCCCCCAGUGAUGGCUCUAGCAGUGCCGGUGGCAGUGAGGUUUCUACAGAGAGGCAACAGAGAGCUCAGUAGAAACAUGUCCAGUUAUCUCUCUCUGGCUGCCAUGGCUAAGGCUGAACUACUGGCAGAACACACAGAGGCUAUCACUUGCAGCGUGCUGGGAGGUAACCACAUGCUCCUACGCGUACUGCCGUCCGUCUACCCCAAACAGCCCCGUGCCAUCCAUCGUCACCUAGGCAACCUGACGGCCAUGAUGUCACAGCUCGAUUCACCGGAGCAACAACACCUGCUGAGGCUGAUCCGGAUGGUCGCCGAGCAACAGCCACUGGUUCUGAGCCCCCUGGUGCCCUCCCUGGUUGGUUACCUAGGUGAUGCCUCUCUGAACGAGACCCUACUGGGUGCAUUGGUGGACGUGUCACAGGCUAGCCCCGCCUCCAUGGCCCCCUUCCUGCCUGCGCUGAGGGUUGUGGGUCAGCAGUACCCAGUCCUGCUGGGACACGUGGUCAAAAUACACAGAGCUGUGGGCUUGACCAGUGAGCAUCAGGCCCGUAGCUCCCUGGUGUACCUAGUGUCUCUGCUGGGCAGUAUGGAUCACAGCUUUCACCACAGUCUGCUGCUGGAGAUCAGGGCCCUGACUGACAGAUACAGCUCCAUCCUGGGAGGCUGUGCCAAAGACAUCUACAGGAUGAGUAACAGCUUCAGCUCCAUAGCCAGACUACUGGGGAGAAGACUGGAGACAGACACCACUAUCAACUGCAGGGUUGAGGAGGAAUCAGAAGGCCCUCCCUCCCCUUCCUCAGAGGCCAGUGUGUGUGGAGGUGCAGGGGGGUUGGAGGCCAGUGUGUGUUUGGGUGCAGGGGUGUGUGGAAGGGGGUCAGAGCAGCGACUGCAGGUGAAGAUCCAGGCGUUUGAGGAGAAGAUGGGGGAUGAGGGGGGAGAGGGGGAGACAGACGGCGGGUCAACUACACACCAACGCAGAUACAGCAUGGGACAAGCCGCUAGAGAGGAAUACAGAGAGAUGAGAUUUAACAGGUCAAAGAGUCUGGCUCUGCACGCCGUGAGGUCACGGUCCAUCAACUCUGAGAGUGGUCAGGAUGGAGAAGGGGUGGAGCUAACGUCUGAUGCAUUUCUCUCAGUGUCCCCACCCAAUCAGCAAACGGAAAACUUAGACACCUCUCCCACUGAGAGGGAACUAACCAAUGCGGGUUCCCUGUCUCCCGCCACCCCUCCGGCCACGCCCCGUGAGGAACAGAGGGAUGGACAGGGAGAGGGGGAAGGAAGGAGAGGAGUGAAGAGGGACACUGGGAAAGAGGACAAGCUGUACAGCCACCUGAGGGACAACAUGGAGAAGAUCAAAGAGUUCUGUUCUGUGAUGGUCCAACAGAUCCCCAUACCAGAACACUGUGUCAUAGAAGACUCAAGCCGUGGCUGUGUUGCAAAGCUGUCGUUCUCGUGCCCUCUAAAGGGGCAUUACUGUCUCUAUACCAAGUCCUGUUUCACCCUCACCAGCCUCCAGCCGCACCUCUGGAUCAACAUCAUGCUGCUUCACCUACAGAGUAAGCACAGCGCUCCCCUCUCCUCUCUGGAUGACUGUGUUCAGAGGUUGGGGACACUGUGGGAGAGGACCCAGCUAAAAGGAGCUCACGGCUUCUCCAUGGCCAUGACACAACAGCCCACUCCACACAGAAAGGACCUGGACAGUCUGCAGAUCCUUCUGGAGGAGGUGCGUUUCUUUGACCUGUUUGGCUUCAGUGAAGCGGAGGGCAGCUGGCUCUGCUACAUGUGCAACAACCCAGAGAAGGCCACAGUGGUGAACGAGGAUGGCCAGCCGCUCAUAGAGGGGAAACUGAAAGAGAAGCAGGUUCGCUGGAAGUUCAUCAAACGCUGGAAGACUCGCUACUUCACCCUGGCAGGAAACCAGCUCCUCUUUCGGAAGGGAAAAUCUAAAGAUGAGCUAGACGACAGCACCAUCGAGCUGAGCAAAGUGCAGAGCGUCAAGGUGGUGGCUAAGAAGCGCCGUGAGCGGGGUCUCCCUCGGGCCUUUGAGAUCUUCACGGACAGUAAGACUUAUGUCCUGAAGGCUCGUGAUGAGAAGCAUGCUGAGGAGUGGCUCCAGUGUAUUAAUGUUGCCGUGGCCCAGGCCAGAGAGAAAGAGAACAGAGAGGCCACCACCUACCUGUGACCUUAUGACCUGGAAGAUAUUCUACUGUGAACCGUUCCUGAGCCAGAAACACAACAUACAGCCCCGUGCUACUGUACCAUCUACUAACAACAGCUGUGACGUCCACUGUUUCUGAUCAUCUGACAGACCUGUGACGUCCACUGUUUCUGAUCAUCUGACAGACCUGUGACGUCCACUGUUUCUGAUCAUCUGACAGACCUGUGACGUCCACUGUUUCUGAUCAUCUGACAGACCUGUGACGUCCACUGUUUCUGAUCAUCUGACAGACAUUUGACGUCCACUGUUUCUGGUCAUCUGACGGACCUGUGGGGCAGUGAAGACUGAUAUCCAGACAUCAUUACCAGAAUUUUGACAAACAUUUAUAUAGGGUAUUGUUUCAGUAUUUACAGCAAUAAGGAUCUUACUAGCAAUAUGGACCUUCUAUUUCCAGCAAUAACAAUCUACAUAGUAAACCUAGCAAUAAGAGCUCAAUAUGAACAGCAUGAGAAAACUAUCUUGGCCCAGACAGUGAAGAUGAAAACCCCCAAAUAGAUAGCAUAUGAGAGUGUUCUACAGCAAACAAGCGGAUUUACUGUUAUUAGCAUUUAGCAGUAUAAUGUAUUAAUAUACCGUAAUUUAGCAGUAUAAUUUAUUAAUAUACCGUCAUUUAGCAGUAUAAUUUAUUAAUAUACUGUCAUUUAGCAGUAUAAUUUAUUAAUAUACCGUCAUUUAGCAGUAUAAUUUAUGAAUAUACCGUCAUUUAGCAGUUUAAUGUAUUACUAUACCAUAAUUUUGCAGUAUAGUUUAUUAAUAUACCGUAAUUUUGCAGUAUAAUUUAUUAAUAUACCGUCAUUUAAAAAGUGGUAUUACACACACCCAGUGGUGUAAUAUAGUGAGCUACAAAAGUAUUGACAAAGUUACAGACUUACAAAUAUCAUACCUUCAAGACAUGCUAACCUUUCACCAUUACAAUAACAGGGGAGAUUAGCAUUUUAUAUCAUACCUCCAAGACAUGCUAACCUUUCACCAUUACAAUAACAGGGGAGAUUAGCAUUUUGGCGGGGGUAUGAUAUUUGUGCGUCUGUAACUUGCUCACUCAUCAUUAUUCAUGAUUCAUUCAGGAUUAUCCGUAACCAUGGUAGCAUCCACAUGAAUGUAUCAGUGUUUGGAAACAUAUUAUAUUCUUAUUUACAAUAAAAGUGACUCCAAAAUGACACAAUACAUUAUUUACCAUUCAUUUCUAUUGGGCACAAAAUAAUCUGAAACACAACCAAAACUAACAGAAAAUGCAUCUAACCAAUUUGUGGAGUCACAAGCUUGUUGAGACGAAAUGCUUAACUUUUUACUACUUUAUUAAUCAUUUUUAAACGGUUCAUCCGAUAUGGAUGAAAAUACCCUGAAUUGAAAGCUGACGGUCUGCACGUUAAUCUCAUAGUCGUUGUAUCAUUUCAAAUUCAAAGUGCUGGAGUACAGAGACAAAACAACCGAAAAUGUGUCACUGUUUGGAUACGUUUGGAGCUCACUGUAUGUCAUAGUUUGAUAAAUGAACAGACUAGUCCUCUGGAGGUCUUAGCAGAGGCUCAGAACAACCGUGGGGGAUAUGGGCCACACUGCUGGGGGCUUUAUAGCUACGCUUACUCUCCCUAUAGGACACGCUCUUCUAUGGAGAAACAUGUUUAUUGGCAAAGCUAUCAUCUUUUUAUUCUCUUGCCUUUUCUUCCAAGAAAAUAGUUUGGUGUGUGUGUGUGUGUGUGUGUGUGUGUGUGUGUGUGUGUGUGUGUGUGUGUGUGUGUGUGUGUGUGUGUGUGUGUGUGUGUGUGUGUGUGUGUGUGUGUGUGUGUUUACAAUGAUGAGCGUUGUUGACAUUUCUGACUUGUCCAUUAAUAACUAUACAUUAAACCUAUUGUUUGCAGAACUCUCUCUCAUCACGCUGGAAUUUACCACCCCACCCCUAAUUGGAGUAACUAGUGAACAACAACUCUUAGGCUUCUACUUCCAGCGUAUACAUACUAUAUACAUUUUAGGGACACAACGUAUUUAACAAUAGUUAUCUUUUGUUUGUUUUUAGUCCCAUCCUUAAGCUAUUCUCAACCCCUCCCAUUUAUCUCUGAAGACCACCCAGUUUUGAUUUCUAUUUGCCAUAUAUUUGCCAACUGUGCUGUUUCACCAAACUUCUGAACCUACCGUAUAUACGUUUGACUUUAGUUAUCUUGUUAUUUUUAGUCCUACCCUUCAGCUCCACUCAGCUUUCCAAUGAACCCAUUGACUUGCCUGAAUGAGCAAUGUGUUCUAGAAUCUGAACAAAUUAAACAAUACACUCACAAACUGCUAAGAAAAUCUAAGAAUUGGACUGGAGAUUUCCUUGUGGGUUCAGAACCAGCACCAGCUGUCAAAAUGAAUGAACUGUUUCUGUGGACGAUGCAGCCAGUUAAGUCAUUUUGAAUGAUUUGUAAGUGUAGAUGAUGUACACCCAGCGGUCAGUUUAUUAGGUACACCCAGUGGUCAGUUUAUUAGGUACACCCAGUGAUCAGUGUAUUAGGUACACCCAGCGGUCAGUUUAUUAGGUAAACCCAGUGGUCAGUUUAUUAGGUAAACCCAGUGGUCAGUUUAUUAGGUACACCCAGUGGUCAGUUUAUUAGGUAAACCCAGUGGUCAGUUUAUUAGGUAAACCCAGUGGUCAGUUUAUUAGGUACACCAAGUGGUCAGUUUAUUAGGUACACCCAGUGGUCAGUUUAUUAGGUACACACCAGUGGUCAGUUUAUUAGGUACACCCAGUGGUCAGUUUAUUAGGUACACACCAGUGGUCAGUUUAUUAGGUACACACCAGUGGUCAGUUUAUUAGGUACACACCAGUGGUCUGUUUAUUAGGUACACCCAACGGUCAGUUUAUUAGGUACACCCAGUUGCCAGUUUAUUAGGUACACCCAUCUACUACCGGGUCAGACCCCCCUUUGCCUUCAGAACAGCCAGAAUUGUUUGUGGCCAUGGAUUCUACAAGGUGUGACGUUCAAGCGUCGGUCAAUUGGUAUCAGACCUAAUGUGUGCCAGGAACACAUUUCCCACGUCAUUACACCAAUGCCACCAGCCUAUACCGUUGACACCAGGCAGGAUGGGGCCACGGACUGCUUACACCAAAUCCUGACUCUGCCGUCAGCAUGACGCAACAGGAACAGAAAUUCGUCAGACCAGGCAAUGUUUUUCCAGUGUUUGUUCAGUGUUGGUGAUCGUGUGCCCACUGGAGCUGCUUCUUGUUUUUAGCUGAAAUGAGUGUAACCCGGUGUGGUCAUCUGCUGUAAUAGCCCAUCCGUGACAAGGACCGAUGAGCGUUCUGAGAUUGCCAUUCUUCACACCACGUUGUACUGUGCCGUUAUUUGCUUGUUAGCUUGCAUUCUCCUUCAACCUUCGCCUGAAGGACUGACUGGAUGUUUUUAGUUGGCAGCACCAUUCUCUGUAAACCCGUCAGUUUCUGAGGUAAUGGAUCCGGUGCGCCUGGCACCGACGAUCAUACAACGCUCAAACUCGCUUAGGUCACUCGUUCAAUCAAAGAGUGACUGAAUGCCUCAAUGCCUGUCUGCCUGCUUUAUAUAACAGGCCACGGCCACGUGACUCACUGUCUGUAGGAACAACCUACUUUCUGGACUGGCCACUGAGUGUAUAUGAGCAGCCAGAGAAACCCUGUAAUACUCUACACCCCCUCAGUAGUCAUAGAGACCAGAGAAACCCUGUAAUACUCUACACCCCCUCAGUAGUCAUAGAGACCAGAGAAACCCUGUAAUACUCUACACCCCCUCAGUAGUCAUAGAGACCAGAGAAACCCUGUAAUACUCUACACCCCCUCAGUGGUCAUAGAGACCAGAUAAACCCUGUAAUACUCUACACCCCCUCAGUAGUCAUAGAGACCAGAGAAACCCUGUAAUACUCUACACCCCCUCAGUAGUCAUAGAGACCAGAGAAACCCUGUAAUACUCUACACCCCCUCAGUAGUCAUAGAGACCAGAGAAACCCUGUAAUACUCUACACCCCCUCAGUGGUCAUAGAGACCAGAGAAACACUGUAAUAAUCUACACCCCCUCAGUAGUCAUAGAGACCAGAGAAACCCUGUAAUACUCUACACCCCCUCAGUAGUCAUAGAGACCAGAGAAACCCUGUAAUACUCUACACCCCCUCAGUAGUCAUAGAGACCAGAGAAACCCUGUAAUACUCUACACCCCCUCAGUAGUCAUAGAGACCAGAGAAACCCUGUAAUACUCUACACCCCCUCAGUAGUCAUAGAGACCAGAGAAACCCUGUAAUACUCUACACCCCCUCAGUGGUCACAGAGACCAGAGAAACCCUGUAAUACUCGACACCCCCUCAGUGGUCAUAGAGACCAGAGAAACCCUGUAAUACUCUACACCCCCUCAGUAGUCAUAGAGACCGACAAAGCAUGAAGCCUGGAGUAGCUGAAUCUUUAGCCAGCACUCUACCAUUAGUUACCAUGUGUUUUAUUAGGACACUUAAACCUGGUGAGGUAUGCCUGUGUCAAUUUAGUGACUGUGUUUUAGCCCAGCUCCUGUGCCACGUCUAGAUGUGUGUAAAUAGUUUCUAUUCAGGGCAGGCCUGUUUCCUGUAGCCCUGUGGCUCUCUAGGUGAAUGUUGGGUCUACACUGCCUGCUGUACGGCAUGCUGCAUGGCCUGCUCUGUAAUGCUAUAGUAGUGUCAGCCAUAACAGCAGAGCGGAGUGCCAGGCCGGGCCGAGAUUUCUCACAUGGUUCAGCUUACACAUGUAUGUUUCUCUAACUGACGACCUCUUCUGGGACCGACCUGGCCGCCACCGGAGCCAACGUUUGCUUACAACAAUUAUUUACAUCACACCUUUCUCCUCCUCAGCCCCUCCCCUCUUAUCCUCCUCCUCUCCCUGACCCAAUUACACAGCUCUACUCGGGCCCCAGAAAUUUCACAGCCAAUAGCACAGUCCACUAGUGAUACAGGCAAUACUUAUUGUAGAAGUGUCAACUCGGUUUAAGUGCAGUACUGUUCAACACUGCUAAUUCAGUGAGCCUAUGUUCUUUUGACUCGCUCCAGAUAUUCAUUGUCUUACGUCAGGUGGCGUCACUCCUACGCGACGCUCGUCCCUCAACCUCAGUGCAGGCGGAAUCUACGCACUAUCUGACGUAGGACAAUGCCAGAUAUCAGCAUGCCAGUGUUCACCCAUAUUUCAGGAGUAGACUAUAUAUUCCCAUACAGUAUGUCCAUAUUCUAGCUAAACUCCGUUCCCUGCCAUGCCAACCCAUCGCGAAAUCACGACGCAGAAGUCUGUGCGUCAGCCACUACAUUACUAUGGUGCCAUGGUGAUGACGUCAUCGUUUUACUACUGCGUCGAUUUCUGAACGUUUGAAGACAAUAUUUUAGAGCCAGUUAUGUCAACACUUUUUCCUCUCCCGUCACUGCCAUCUUGCCCUAGAUCCAGAGCUUCUCGAGUCUUUGAGACAAAAUUAGUCGUUGUUUUGUUGUGUUUCUUCAUAACUGAAUGCAUUUACAGGCAGCUGUGUAAAUAUAGUUUCCUGUUACGGAGACGUUAAGAUGAUACACACGGUAUGUGUAUAUUAGUGGUGUCUCUUACGCCUGACGUCAGAGGAAGUCUUUCUGUGACAAUGAAAACGUCUAUGCUUGUGAGAGCCACUCCACGCUAGGAGCCUUCAGUAGUAUGUAAAACGAUCCUGUUUAGAUUCAAUAACACAAAGGAAGUGUAUCUUCUACUGUUCUAGACUACACCAAUAAUCACAGAUUUUGUAUUUUUGAACAGAAUUUACAAAAAAGUAUUCAUGUUUUUGAAUGUACGGUAUAACUGAUUUUCAGUAGAGAAAAUUGUAGAUGAUAUGAUAACACUCUUCUAUGUUGUUUUUUUUAUGUUAGAUUGUAUUAAUAACCACUUUGGUUUUCAUUUUGAGGACAGUAUUUAUUUUUCCUGUAUUGUAAAAUCAUGCCUGAAAAAACAGCUGAUGCUUAAUGCUUAGUGAAUUAGAUUUUCUAUGCAUCACUUUAAUAUCAUAUGUUCUUAUUUUUCUGUGCAACAAUAUAACUGUAAAGACAAAUGAAUGGUGUUGCUUCUUUAUGAUAGAAGAAUAUUUAGACAUCUUACAUUUCUGCCUGUUGCAUGUCUGACUCUACCCUGUGUUUCUGCCUUCACGCCUCAGUUACAUGUCUGACUCUGCCCUGUGUUUCUGCCUUCACGCCUCAGUUACAUGUUUGACUCUGCCCUGUGUUUCUGCCUUCAUGCCUCAGUUACAUGUCUGACUCUGCCCUGUGUUUCUGCCUUCACGCCUCAGUUACAUGUUUGACUCUGCCCUGUGUUUCUGCCUUCAUGCCUCAGUUACAUGUCUGACUCUGCCCUGUGUUCUCGCUCUAAGGAUUAUUAAAUAUCAUCAAUAAAAUGAAGAGUUUUAUCAUUCAAAAUCA